ACCAAUCCGUGACCAACCGCUCGCGUGCCACUCGGCUGGCUCUCUCACCCAACCCACGCUUCGUCGUGCGUUCCGCGUAUUGUGCUCCCUAUCGACGAGCAGAUGUUGAUGUAGGCAAGCUCCACCCGUCCGUCCGUUCAUCACAGACAGACGCCCAGCAAAAAUGGGCUUCAAAAAGUCGGAGUACCGAAAGAAAUUCAAGCGGGUGCCAUCAGAAAAACUCAUCGCCAUCUCCAGCGAGAACGCAAGGUACCGAUCGGACCGCCGUCUCCGCGAAUGCCGCCACGAACCCAUCGACUGGGACUCCGAAGGUUUUGACUCGGAAAGUGAAGACAGUGAAUUUCUACCUCCGACCAAACUGCACUUGCGACGCCUCGAACUGACUGGAAAUACGCGUCGCCCGGCUUCGGGCACAACGUCGUCCAGCCGAGGGUCGUCGCCCUGUGGGCACAUAAGGAUUCAGAAGGACAGAGCUGUCCAGACGGAGCGCACAAGCUCGGCGGUUCGGUACAGCAGGUAUACCCAGACCGACAGCGCGGAGUUGCUGAGACAGCGUCUACAUGAGGGUCGUACUGAACCGGGUAUGCUUAUUUUACUGAGUAACAACCACACAGAAAUAAAAAAAAAUGGCACUGAAUGCUUAGUGAGUUUAAGUAGUGAUGUCAUUCGUGCAGUGUUACACGGAGAGUUUUGCCAUUUCUGCUUACUGAGUUUGCCACAACUCUUCCACCCUCGAAAUGCUUACUCUCCUCCCAAUAAGUGCCUGCGUUUGGGUACCAUUACAGACCGAAGGCACCAGUGUUACCCCAGGGAGUCCCCGUUCGAGUUGUUCGGAAAGGCGGAGAUCGUCGACACGCUGGCUGCCAAGAGAACCUUCAACAUCGCGGCGUCCACAGAUGAGGUCCAUCCGUCUGCACUUCUAGCGGCAAGCAGACGACGUCCUCAGACUCCGAGCCCGAUUCACAGGAACGCUCCGCGGUCGCCACUGAGUCGCCCCGAUCGACAACGGUGGAUAACGGAGUACAACGAAAAGUACAAAUAAUGCCAUUUUUGUAUAUGCAACACAUUUUUAUACCGGCCACUCUACAGCCAAGCCUCGGAAGCUCCAGAAAGUCUUUUUUUCAGCCGAGCCCAAAUUUGGUUGCUGUGAUGGACAACUUUGAGAUUGUCGUUCUCCCACAAUUUUUGUUGUGUGUGUGUAAUGAGGGAGAAAAAAAAUCGUGUUUUGACACUGU